CUGUGAUUCGCUUGUCCUCCUAGUCCGACAUUUCUUCGUAUUACAACCACUUUUGUGUCUCCACGGUAUCUUUAGUUGUCAAUGCCGAUGAACAAGAUUUGAUUUUUUGUUAUGUUGCAACGAACUCAGAUUCUUAUUUUUUUGUGAAAGGGAACGGAAAGAUAUGGGUGUGCGUAGACGAGAUGGCGUGUCACAUACAAAGUUUGUCGUGCAAGAAGUGGCGUGACCCCCGCCAUGAGCCAUCCAGGAGUUAGUGUGGAUACAACACAUCGCUCUGCGGGCUCCGCGGAAGCAGCUGCCGGCUUCGGAGAUUCAGGAGUCCCGAGAGGAGCAACUCCCGGAGGAGAGCACCGGACAAUAGUGGACAGCUCUCUCUACGCGACUGCUACCAUGGCGUCUGGUGCCAGUGCCUCUUCGAGUAGUUCGUUUUCCCAGGUCCUAGACUCGGUUUUCCUUUUUCUGGAGACAUGGAUCCUACCGCGACAUGGCGCGCUCUUGUUGCAGGACCCCGUUGCGUGCAAGAUCGUUAUCACAUCUGCGGCCGUGGUGUGCGUGCUCAUGGUAGAAACCGUGCGCGUAGCGUUAGACUCUUCCAGGCUGUCGCGAGGCAGGCCUAGUUCCUGGUCACAAUUGUAUCAGACCCUGUUUCCGCGAAGGCCGCAACAGGACUCCCCUACUAGGCCUCAGGUUGCAACGUCGCCGGUUGCUACGUCAGCUGCAGCUGUCCAGUAUUAACCUUAUUGUCAAACAGUUGUUCUGGUUUCUGUUUUGAGGACUAAUGUUUGUGCUGUCGACGAUGUCUGAGAAAUCCAUAGACAGGGGGUAUAUGAAAAUGACUAAGUCUCAAGUAUGAUAAGGUGAGGCAUCGCACAAACGACAGCACACUGAUGCAACUUCUUGGUCAUUCUCUUUAUUAUCUAGCACAAAUUCAAAAGACGUUUAUUUUUCUACCAGAAAAUAGCAAUGAAAUUUUUUUCUACAAAAGCGACAAUUCUUUUUGGCGUAUCGAGGAUAUUCACUUCUGGAAAUUACAGGGCGCAAAAUCGUCAGCAAAUGCUUCGAGACACAGCGCAGCGGGUGAACGCAUGGGGCGCUAAGUUACGGGUAGGUGUUGACGUGAAGCGGACGCGAACGGUACAACCAGGGAACGAGAACUCGAGGUCACUUCAUCAGUUCCCUGACUCGGAGUCCUCGUCGAGCGCUUCCUCGCUGAACAAGAACAAUUCUCCAAUAUCUCCUGGUGGAACUGCAUGGGCCGAAGCUGCGUCCGAGAGUGCGGGUCCAUCGAAAGGCGGAAGCAGCCGGAGCGAUCGCGAGGGUGGCCUUGCACAGGCAAACGGGGCUGCAAAUAGUCCACGGAAUGCUCCGAAUGGUCGAGCUGCAUCAGAGAGCAAUGCUGGACAUCAAAACCACGGCGAAUCUAGUUGUACUUCUAGUAGCAAAUCAUCAACCAGUUGUAACGGAAUACCGACCACGGCAGGCGCAACGAAUAAUGGCAGACCGAACAGUCCCAACGAGGUCUCAUCAUCGCGCGGCAACAACGAGGAGGGGGAAAACAGAGAAGCUAACGGCGACGGCGCGUGGAGUAGAAGCAGCGGCUUCGAAGGAGGAACGACGGGCGAGUAUCAGGUGUGUACCGAUGUAGUGUCCCUUCGGCUUCUAAAACGCGAUAACAGCGAAAUCCUAAUCGUGGGAUCCGAAGAAAUACCUCUGCCAUUCGCGAAGGAAACAGUAACAGUCGACGCCAACGAGGACACAAAGUACCUCUAUUGAUUCAUAAUUUUCGAAGAAGAUCACGAGUUUACAUCAAAAAGCUGACUUCUUACAAUAUAUUUCCAUGUCUUUUUGUUCUGAAACUAAUUCUUUCCUUCUCUGAAUUACAGUCGAGCGGUCCGCAUCCGCGGUAAUCGCUUGAUAUUUUCGAGCGUGAGCGACAGAACAGAGUUUCUGCUCACGUUGCGAGUACUCAAUCAGCAGUGCGACAAGGCGGCACGGGCGGCCGCGGCGGCUACGCAGUAUGAUGCUGACAAGGGUCCGAUGAAAACCGAGAGUCUGCAGCCUUCUAUAGCUGCUGCUUGA